AUGAUCUUCCUGCAAUGGGCACUGUAUGUUACACUUCACAAAAUCCGUGCGUUUGCAUGGUGCUCCACACGCAACCCUCAGACCCGCGAAAGCCAUUUACUCUCGCUCCCCAUCUCUGCACCCUCGGUCAAGCUACUCCUCUCUGGAAGGGAAGACAGUAAAUUCGGCCUAAUCUAUUUCGUCAAUCGACAGAGCCGCUUGACUCAACCGACCAGUGCAGUUACAGACUUCGGCAGCCCGCGCAUUGUGCAGCGGCGCGUUUCCGUAGAGACGUUUAGCUCUAAUCCUGAUGUUGAUGUUGACGAGGACGAACAUAUUGACUACAAUGGAGGCUUUGGUGGAGGCAUGCGACCUCCUAGUCCUCAUCCCGUUGCGCUCCGACCACCGCGCGAUUCGUCCGUACGUCAGUCAUUUGCAGUCGCGGCCCCACCCGCGUACCCGCCAGAGUCGUACCCAAGGCAGUCUCUUGCGGUCCCUAGAACUGAGCCGCCGAGGCGGUCGUUCAUUCCUUACUCUGAAUUUGGAUACCACGAGUCGCAGCUACAGACAACGCAGGACCAUUCAUUUGUGGAUAUAACAGAAAACAUGCGAAUCGAUCCGGACGUUGCACAACGAUUCGCAGACGAUGUAGAAUUUCCGUAUCGCGAGUCCCGUGCACAACGGCCCGGUCGUCUACGUCGUUUUGCUCGAGCGAUGCUCUGGCCAUUUCGAUUUAUUAAAUCUGCAGCCCGGCUUCCUAAAUUCCUGCGACGAAAGUCAUCAACAGCGAAACGGUCUGUCGCUCAGUCAAGCGGAUGGGACUUUAAAGACCGAACGCCUGGUGAUACCUCAUACCAUAUGCAGAAUUCUAACGAAGGUGGGGUCGAGGAUCACGGCACUGAGAAUGUCACUGCAAUAUUUCCUGUUGCGAUGACGGCCCCUGUGACAAUGAUCGAGACUAAUACAGAGCACAGAUGUGAUAUUCAAGGUAGCGGAAGUCAUUCGUCAGGGGUUAUUGUUGAUAGUGGUCAUGCCCGUUCGGCUAGCCCUCACUCGCAUGUCUCUGGCCAUUCCCCUUCCCACCGGAGCGCCCAAUCUCACAGAGAGACGAAUAAGGCGAAUGGUGAUCCCGUUCGCGCGUCUGGAACUACAAGGACGACGGGGACGACACACACGAGUUUCGCCCCUUUUUCACCCACAGCUGCUCCUGCGAGCGAGAUCAAAGAGUCCUCCCGAGGACGGUCGAGUCGUACUUUCUCCUCGAUGUCUCGCGGCUCGGCGCUAUUGCAUCACGUCGUCCGACUUUACCAUGCCUUGCGUGUGCUGUAUCAUCUCCCCUGGGUUGCUGUUCCGCCGAUGCGCGUCACGGUAGACGUUAUACCCGCACUCAGCUCGCGAUCUAAGUACUGCGUACACCGCAGACCACUAGGCAUACCGAAGGCGGUACUCGAUGCCGCCACUGCUGCAAAGAACAUGGACCCUUCCGCCUUCGGGAAAUCAUGGUAUCGCCAAUCACCUGAGAAGCUGCGCGAAAAACAAAUACAGCAGGGAAAGUGGACGUGUCGGCAUCAUUCACACUCACACUCCCCUUCAAACUCGUACCAGCAGUUGCUUUCUGAGGACCAGCGGUUACGACAGCAGAUGAAUGCACCGACUAAGGGCGUGCCGAUUUUUAUGUUCAAUCCUUCCGCGCCGCCGUUCCCCCAGCCAUUGCCGUUCAGUGCUCAGCAAUUCUAUAUGGUUCCAGGCCCACCGCCGCCUCCGAGUGCCGGCGUACCGAUGGCUACUAGAGCUCCAUCAAUUGUAGGCGGGAUCCGUUCCCCGCCGGCUGCGCGUCCACCGAGUGCUCUAUCCUUUCGUCCGGGUCCACGCCCCGUCCAAACUACACCUGGCCCGGGCCAGGUGCAGAAUCCGACCAGUCCUGAUACUAUCAAUGGUGAUAUUAAUGGUAAUAGUAACCUUGUCGGUGGAAGGGUAGAGAUGCCGCGACCUCCGCCUGCUACUGCACAACCAAUGUAUAUGCUUGUCCCCGCACCUCAUGGUCCACCUCUCCCUCCUAGCUAUGGAAAUAUGUAUUCAUACCCCUAUUCCCCACCCUGGACCCCGCCUCAACGGAUGCAGUGAUUCAUGUAUGCUUUGUAUUGUUUCUACCGUAUUACGCUUGUAUGUUCGAAUGCUUUUAGCUGGCAUUGUC